AGCUGCUCCAAACCACAACCAAGUAAGUUAUUCUAUUGUUCUAGAUAUCAAGUCAAAGUUCUUGAUGGAUUCUCUAUCAGAAAGCUCGACUUCUUCGUAUCAUGGUAAAAGACCAAGAUCUUUAAGUGAUGAUUCCCAAAAUUCCUCUAACAUGGAUGAUGGUUUUCAAAAAUCUUUAACACCUGAGAAGUCAGGAGAAAAUGCUCAAAAUCCCCCUAGUAUUUCUCAACAAAAAGAAAUAAUUGCAGAUUUUGUAAAUAAUCAACCAGAUUUAGAGGAAGGCCGUACAGAUUUCUAUAUAUUAUCUUACAGUUGGUAUGAGAAGCUAUGCUCAUACUUGUCUGAAGAGGGGCCAUUUCCUGGAGAGUUGGACCAAGAAGAUAUUAUGAAUUUAGAUGAUGGUUCCUUGAAAAGCAACUUGCAAGAAGAAAUUGACUUCACCAUUAUUUCAAAGGAACUAUGGGAUUUGCUCACUGAAUGGUACGGUUUAAAAGGAAACGAAUUCCCUAGGGAAACUGUUAAUCUUGGCUCUGAAGAUUAUCCUCAUUUGGUAGUUGAAGUUUACCCUCCUAAUUUUUCGUUGACUUUGUUGAGCUUACAAAGCGAUCCUUAUGAAACCCAUAAACCGUUAAAGAUUACACUUUCUUCGAAAAGUACACUGAAUGACUUAUUUGAAGGAGUAAAGUACACUUUGUCUAUUUCUGGUGAUAACUUCCGACUUUGGAGAGUUGACACAGAACUACCACUUCAACGAACUAUUGAUCCAUCUUCUUUUAUAAAGAUUAGCUCGAAAGAGAUUGUAGAAUCCUUGGGAAAGGAAAAAACAUUAGUCGAGUCCGGGAUGGAUAGUAGUUGUGCAUUAGUCGUUGAAUGUAUGUACAAUGAAACAUGGCCUGUCGACCGUGCCUUAAGACUUCAAUUUUUGAUUCGUCAGAGAGACCAAAAAUCAAGUGUGUCCUUGGAAAACCGGGAAAGUAAGGUACUUGGAACGUGCGGUUUAAAUAACCUAGGAAAUACUUGCUAUAUGAAUUCUGCGUUGCAAUGUCUCACUCAUACUCGUGAGCUUCGUGACUUUUUCCUUUCGGAUGAGUGGAAGGAUCAAGUCAAUGAAUCAAAUCCUUUGGGUAUGAGUGGCCAAAUUGCUGCUGCGUUUGCAUCCUUAGUUAAGUCUCUGUAUAAUCCUGAUCAUACUUCUUUUGCUCCCCGACAAUUCAAAGCCAUAAUUGGUCGCUUUAAUCACUCGUUCUUAGGGUAUGGCCAACAGGAUUCCCAAGAAUUCUUAGCUUUUCUGUUGGAUGGUUUACAUGAAGAUUUGAAUCGUAUUUAUCAAAAGCCAUAUACCUCCAAGCCUGAUUUAUAUGAGCUGGAUGAAGAAAAGAUUCGAAGUACUGCAGAUGAAUGUUGGAGAUUGCAUAAACUUAGGAAUGAUUCUAUUAUUGUUGACCUGUUUCAAGGGAUGUACAGAAGCACCCUGGUUUGUCCUGAAUGCAAGACUGUUUCCAUUACUUUUGACCCAUUCAUGGAUUUGACUCUUCCCUUACCCUUACAACAGUUUUGGUCUCAUCCUGUUGUUUUUAUUCCCUCUGAUGUUACUCGCCGUCCGAUUACUGUUGACGUUAUUCUCGAAAACAAAUCUGCUACAAUCGGAGAUCUCGUGCAGUUUGUCGCUUCCAAAGUUGGUUGUGAUAAUUAUAAGAGAAUACUUGUAACCGAAACUUAUAGAGGAAGGUUUUAUCGAUUCCUUACCUCUCUCACUAAAUCUCUUUUAAUGGAAAUUUCAGAAGAGGACGAAAUUUAUCUCUACGAGUUGGAGAAGCCUUUGGAUGAAGCAUCAGAUGAAAUAAUAGUGCCGGUUUAUCACACGAUAAAUCCUUCGCCUAAAUCAUCAAACAGCUAUCUCGAUAAUCGUGAAUUUGGUUAUCCAUUCAUCCUCCAAUUGAAAGAUGCAGAGAUUAAUAACGCGUCUGAGAUUGAGAAAAAACUUAAAACAAAAUAUAGUCAAUUUACGACUCUUGAUUCCUUGAAGGAUGCCGAAUGUUUAGAGUCUCUGAAUUCCAAUUUGAAUGAAGGUAAGGACCUUAAGUCUAAUGAAUCCUCCAAGGAUAACGAAAGAAAGACACCUUUGUUUAAUACUAAGGUAUUCCAUGAUCGUUAUGAACGGAUACCAACCGGUUGGAAUAUGCAUCCUACAAAUCUUCCUCUGCUUACAGACCGAGAUGUGGAAUCUUUACAAGCGACUGUAGAGCCAUCGAUUAAUAUUGAUCCAUUCGAUGGUGAUGAAGGUGAAAACCAAGCCAACGAGGCCGCUCCUGGUUCGUAUCCUGACCCUCCAAAGAUUGAGAAAACUACUCAGAAGAAUACCAAUCUUCUUGUCCAAGGAGACCUUUUGGUUUGUGAGUGGCCGGAAGCUUCUCAGCACCAUGUGUUUAACGAGUCACCUAGUUCUCCUGAUAUGGGUCGUUCAUUAUGGUUAGACAUGGAAAGAAUUAUGUCUGAGACAAAGGAAGAGGACAAUCGUUCGCAUACGAUAACCCUUGACGAUUGUCUAAAUGAAUUUGAGAAAACUGAACAGCUAGGCGAAGAGGAUCCUUGGUAUUGUCCCAAGUGUAAAGAUUUCCGUAGAGCAUCCAAAGAAAUGAGAAUAUGGAAAUCUCCUGAAAUCCUAAUCUUUCACUUAAAGCGCUUUAGUAGUGAGAGACGAUUCCGUGAUAAGAUUGAUGAAUUGAUUGAAUUUCCUAUUGACAACCUUGACUUGUCUAAUCAUACGGAAUCACAAAAAUUCGUAGAUGCAGAUGAAAAUGGAAAGUGUGUUUAUGAACUAUGCGCUGUUGAUAAUCAUUAUGGUGGCCUAGGCGGUGGGCAUUACACAUCUUUCGCUCGUAACCCAGAUGACAAUCAGUUUUACUGUUAUGAUGACUCGAGAGUUUCACCUGUGAAGCCUGAGGAAACUAUAACGUCUGCUGCCUAUUUAUUAUUUUAUCGAAGAAAAUCGACAUAACUUAUAAUUCAAAAAUACUUAUACCGUUGAUUCAAACGUUCUUUUUCUUUAUAUUAUUUCUACAGGCUAAAAAGUGUUUACUUGUUUGGGUGGAUUUAUCAACGUCGGUUUUCUAAUCUUGUUUAAAAAGGUAAUAAAAAAGUAAAAUUACAUUUAUUAUAGCUCUUUUGUUGUUUAUAUAUUUCAAUUAUACAGCAAUCCAGUACACAGAAUGUAGCAAAGUCUCUGGAUAUUAUUGAUGUAUUGAAAGGUUUGAAUCAAUUUCCAGAUCAAGUUUAUAUAGAUGAAUUGAGACAAUUUAUAGGCAUUAUUGCAAGUUUCAAGAACACUAAAUACGUGAUAAUUAUC